ACGCUCCUCUCGACCCAUGUUCCUAACGCGGAGCCGACGUGUGCCGACCUGCCCACCUUAAGUGUUUUCUGUGCUGUCGGCAUUAUGACGAGGAUGGUUGCUCAUGCCCACUCCACCGCCAAAGAGACAGCGCCAGCCCCGUAUCCUUCACCUGUGAAGGAGUGGUUUUCCGUCAACUUAACGUUCUACUUGAAACCGAAUUGCACGAAAUUAGCGAAAUACACUCAUUUGCAAACUAAUUCGAUUUUGCGAGGGACUCAACUGGAACCCAGCUGA